AUGAUGAAAAAGCAGUUCAAUUGGAUGCGGCAGCAGCUAUCCCAUCCCAACAUCACCGGCCGGGCUUCCCCAGUCGCACCUUUCUGCCCUCAGAUCGAGCAGAGGAUCGAGCCAGCCAAGCGAGCAGCUCACAGCGUAUCCAAGAGGCUCCAAGCAUGCCUGCAGGGGCAGUGUGGCUCCGAGAUGGACAAGCGAGUGAAGAAGCUGCCCUUGAUGGCUCUAUCCACAGCAAUGGCCGAGAGCUUCAAGGAACUGGACAUGGAGUCCAGCCUUGGGAAAGCCCUGGAGAUGGGCUGCUGCAUACAGAGCUCACUGGCCAAAAUCCUGGCCGAGUUUGAGAUCACCCUGGAGCGCGAUGUCCUGCAGCCACUCAACAAGCUCAGUGAGGAGGAGCUUCCCAUCAUCCUGAAGCACAAGAAGACCCUCCAGAAGCUGAUUUCUGACUGGAACACAAUCAAGAGCCGGCUGAGCCAAGCUGCCAAGAGCUCCAGUAACAGUGCUGGCACUGGUGCUGGCCCGGGGGCAUCUUCUGCUGCCAACAAACUGGAGAUCUUGAAGGAGGAGGAGGAGGAGUUGAAGAGGAAGGUGGAGCAGUGCAAGGAUGAGUACAUGGCUGACCUCUAUCACUUCUCCACCAAAGAGGACAACUACGCCAGCUACUUCAUCAAAACACACCUCAAGAGCUUGGGCCGGGAGAUCGCGCUGCCCAUCGAAGCCUGUGUCAUGAUGCUGCUGGCCUCCGGCAUGAGGGAGGAGGGACUCUUCCGGCUGGCAGCGGGUGCCUCAGUGCUGAGGAAGCUGAAGAGCAGCUUGGCCAGGGGCGCCAUCACCCCCAUUGCUCCCCCUCCUCUCUCAGGUGCACUGAAGUCCUACCUGCGGGAGCUGCCCCAGCCCUUGAUGACCUUCGAGCUCUACAAUGAAUGGCUCCAAGCGGCCAGCCUAAAGGAUGAUGAGAGCCGCAUACAGAGCCUGCGGGACACCUGCAGCCGCCUGCCCCGCGACAGCUACAACAACCUGAGGUAUCUGAUCAAGUUCUUAGCCAAGCUGGCUGAACACCAGGAGGUGAAUAAAAUGACCCCCAGCAACAUCGCCAUUGUGCUGGGCCCCAACCUGCUGUGGUCACAGCAGAGCACAGGAGACCCCAUGCAACUGGACUUGGCCUCGGUCUCCUCCAUCCAGGUGGUCAGUGUGGUUGAAGCCCUCAUCCAGAAUGCGGAUACUCUCUUCCCUGGAGAGGUAGACUUCAACGUCUCGAGCAUGUUCACACCACCAGCAAACAGCAGACUUAGCAAGGCCACCCCAGUGGAAGAACUGACCCUGGAUCUCCCUCCAGCCAGCACCCCCACUCUGAUGGAUGGAGAGGUCACCUCGAGGGAUCCUGAGGCCAGGUCAUCCCCGGUGGUGACCAGUCCAUCUCCUGAAGCUGCAGGGCCACCAGCUCCAACGUUGACUGACGACACUGCGCACAAAGGUUAG